AUGGCUGACACACAGCGGUCUCAAGAGAAAAAAUCCUCCCUCAAAAACCUUGAACAGAAAACAAUCGACACGUUUCGCCGCUUGAAGACAGCUGUACAACGCUACAGUAAAGCCAUGACAGCUAUGAUAUACUUAGUGACUAACUUCUUUACGGAAAUUGUCGUUGCUAUCUUCGCUGCUUACGAGCGGGUGGUAUUACUAAUUAUUCGCAUUGUUGGCUGCGUUCAACAGAUCUUUCAUUUUGACUACAAAGGUUAUUUAAUGUGGUUGCUUACAAUGCCGGUGGCUUCUUACAACAAAUGCAAGGAACAAAUGAAGCAACAUUUGUGGAUGCCAAUUGCUAAAUCGCUAAAAAGAAGAGCUAAUCAAAUCACGCGCGCUACAGGCGCGAGGCUUCGUGCAAGUGCUGUGUACGCGAGAGGAUUUUGUGAAAUCUGUCGAAGACUCUUUCUUCUUGCCAGCGAUUACACUCCAGGAGGAAAGGUGACUGUUACAAUUUUUCUGGUGGUCAUCGCUAUUAUGCUGUUGCUAAAAAUCUUGACAGUUGUUCGAGUAUUGAUGCAAAUAGUUCAGAUCAUGUACAGUGUUGUCGCAUUCCUUUUGCACCCUCUUCUUCUCACCUUAAAAGACAUCCUGUCAGUCUUCGAUCCUUUGUUUCAUAUCAUUUUAAACCUUAUACGAAUCGCUGUUCACACAAUUCUUUCCUUGCUAAAAGCAACUGGAAGGUUCCUGUGGUUGAACAUCGUUUCAAUUUCCUCAGGGUUGUACAGAUGCUGGAAGAGCUUUGCCAACUCCACAGUUGUAAGAUUUCUUUGGAACACUAUCUUGGCAAUAUUUUCAAAGACAGCAUACGUUCUACUGGACAAAUUUUUCACGGUAUUUCUUCCCUUGACGUUAAAGAUAUCAUACUAUACGACAGCGCUUUGUCUUGACAUUUCGUCCGUGGUAUACGAAAAUUUCUUCGUGGUCACGGUGAAAGUAGAGGACAAGUUUGAAUAUCUCAGUCCAUCUGGAAUUGGCAGCUGUGUGUUUAUGUUAUGGGCUCUACUGAUUGCUUUUAGAUUUAGAAAUCGAUUAUCAGGAACUUUUUUUUCGGAAAUCGAUGAUAAAGAAUACGCUAUAACAUCAUCUAGGGACAUUGGUGAUCGCGAUAGGAAUAGUUCAAGCAGAGGGAGGUCUUGUUACUCCCAGGGCUCUGCGAAAUACGACAGUUUACGAAGGAAGACGAGUGGCAACGACUCCAGUGUUCGGUUCCGCGGUAGGACAACACGCAAUGAAGAGAAGGGCCCCGAAAAUGACGAUCAAACUGAAGGUAAGAAAGUUUGUGAUCAAGUUUGUUUUGCGGACGACCCUCUAUAGUCUCCAACGCAGCUGUUUUUGUCUCGUCACGCAACGCCCGUAACGUAACAACUGCGCAGGAGGCUUGUAACCCUCUCGAUCUGCAAUCAAGUGGCCUGGACAUAAAAUACUUUUCAUUUAUUAUUCGGGCCCAUAGCAGGGGAAGGGGCAAAAGGGGCAUUGGCUUAAGCCUGACACACACAUCCCACCCCCCGCAUUUUCGAUUGUGUAAAGCAAAUGAUCGGUCAAACAAUUUACAGUUAGUAGUCAGUUGGUCUUCCAUACUGUCACCCCCAAAAAAUAAACCGUUUACUACCUGUCGGUUUCCCUUAAUACUAACAAAAGUACUCCUAUAUACUCGUGAUGUAAGUCUAGCGAAGCAGAUUUUUGCAAUUUCAACGAUGUCCCAUAAACCUGUCCUUUUUUCCCAAGUCGACGUUAUAGUGUGACACUUUGUCAGUGUCUGAUAUAAGUCUAAUUAUUAGCAUAGUUAAUGAAGUGGAAUGGUUAUGAAACCCAUCAGAUUACUUUGUUGAUAUGUUUUUGUGGAUUUGUAAGGGCACGACAUUCAAAAGUAUCCCUAUCAUUUCGAUCGUAUUGACCAAUAAAAACGUUGCAUUAAUUUAUUCCGUCACAAUUUGCCAAAAAGAAAACAAAAAAAUGUGCACCUUCAGGAAGCAUCCAACAUAAACUGCCGCAUUGUUGUUUUUAUAAUUGAUGUUUGACGCUUUCCAUAACCACUCUCCUCUAAUAACUAUGGUCUUCGCAAGCCUUAUGACCUAUUUGAUAAUGUGUGUUUGUUCGUGUGUGUUUUUUCUGGACUGGGGUAGCUUUGAUUUGCCUAAUUUGCUUUGCCUCACCACCACCCCAAUUACUUUUGACCUAAAAGUUAAACUGGCAAGUUGUUUUAUAACAUGGUUUUGCAAACAUUUCACCAGCUUUCAUUGCUGAAUCUUUCUGCUAGUCAAAGCCGCUUUGUAUAGGACUCUACGGAGUUCCUUUUAGAAUUCACCUUUUUAGAAAGGUGAAAAUCUAAAUCACACAGAAUCAACAAAUGAAUAAAAAUCUAAAAACUUCACCCAUUUAGACGAAUGACUUUUUCUAAUCCUUUCUUAAAACGUCUUUUUUAUCAGAUUUGUAUAAGUAAUAGCAUGAUUUGUAGUGAUAUUUGGCGUAAAUACCAUGAGUGAUAUUUCAAUAUUGUUAAACGUAAUUUCAUGAGCCCUUAGGCGAGUGAAAUUUGAGACAAUUUUGAAAUAUAACGAGUGGUAUUUAUGCCAAAUAUCACGUACAAAUCAUGCUAUUAUUUGUUUAUACUACUAACCGCAAAAGGUUUGAAAUUUUCACAUGUAGGUAUUUCAAAUUAAGCUGAAAUACCACUGCUCUAAGCCAAUCAAAUUGCAGAAAUUUCUCAUGUAGUAGUAUAACAAUUAUAUAGAGGAUAUUACACGGUGGCGAGAAGAUAUGAAUUUUAUGUUCGAGUGGCAAGAACAAUAUCUCACGAGUGAGCGAAGCGAACGAGAGAGAUAUUGUUCUUGCCACGAGAACAUAAAAUUCAUAUCUUUGAGCCAACGUGUAAUGUUCUUUUUAUUAUAUGGAGAAACCAAUUCAACAAAAGCAAAAGGCGGGAAUCGUGACGUCAUUGAACGAUACGACACUCACAAAGGUGACAUACGGAAAAUACGCCACUCGGGUCCCGGAUGAAGUGGCGUAUGGAAUCUACGAGUGGUUUAGUUCCCAGUAAAACACUCUCCUCCAUAUAAUAAAAUAGUUAAGUGUACUUCUUCAUUUCAGGACAUAUCCACUACAGCUCGCAAGUUCAUAUCUGCCCUGACUUCAUUGCUGGCACGUGCCAUCAAGGAAGCAAGUGUGAAUCUCAUCACUGUCCCCUCCCUUACCACUGGCAGUAUCGCCUGUCCCUGGAGGGGUGGAAAAGUUUUACCAAAGCAGACAAUUGCAGGAUAGAAGAGUUAUUCUGCGACCCCAAGAACGAUGUUGUGUCAGCAGCUGACAUAGAUGUGGCAUUCAAGUCUUACAGCGGUGAGAGGUGAGUGGGAGAAACGGGUGUGGUUUCUUUAAGAGCUCUAUUGUUGUUUAAAUCUGGGAAGGCCUUACCAAGGUGAUACCCUGCUUCCUUACCCUAGUCUCUCACGCGGAGAAAAAAAACUCCAACAAAAACCCCUGGGACCAGGGUACUGCUUCCUGUUUGUCGUGGUAAACAUUGUGGGUAGUCUGGGGUCGCCCACUUCUCAGAGUAAAUAAGGUCCUGCGGGAUUUGUUUCCAUUCUAACUGAAAUGUUUCCCCCGGGUCCCCAAGCAACGUCCAGUUCUACAAGGAUUUGAGUUUAAUUACCAGCAGGAAUUAAUCAAUCUUGUAGCUUUAAGGCUACAAUCGCACCAUGCAUUGCCGCUGGCCGCGCGUAACCCUUUGCCUUUCGCAAUUCUCAACUCAAAAGCCUACACUCUAUACAGAAUAUUUAUUCCCUAGUGCACGACCUUCUGUGCGAGGUUUCGAGCUCGAUUACUAGGUGUGACCUCAAAUCCUUGUUUCUCCUUCCCGUUCAGCUUUGAGAAGCUGAAGAACCCUGAGGGAGAGAGGGAGGGGAGGGAACGGGGGGAAUAAGCGCAUCUUCGGACUCCGGCUUGUCAGUCUAAUGAGUCCUGUCGGUUACCGACUUCAAAAAAGGACUUUGUGACUAUACCUUUCAGUAGUUUUUGGCCACAUUCACCACUACGUUAUACUGUUAGAUGUAAGCUUCUUGCUUUGUUACAUCAUUUUCUACAAGCAGAUCAUCAUCCAGGAACGAUGCAGUGAAAGUAGAUUUUGACAACAUGAGGAUGGAGAAAAGCUAUCACCGGGCGGACCUGAGAAGACUGUCCACAGAAUCGUACGUUAAACAGGAAGGCAAAAGUCUUAGCACACAGUGGCUGUGGUAUAGAAAAGAAGAAAGCGGUGACUGGAUCAAGUAUGAAGUGACGGUAAGAUGAAGUAAAUGGAAAAUGGAAGGUAUCUGUGGCAUAACUGCUGAAUUGUGAAAAAAGUUCAGAUUUGCCCAGGAUCGAACGCUAAUGAGGUGCACGAUCCCUAACAUUCGUCAAGGCAAGAAAAAUCACCAAAAAUCAAAUUUCCUCUUUUUCAAUAGUUAGAAAUAAUUACCAUGCAAAACCCCUGCCAAGGGGAUUUCGUCCACUUUAAAAGUUAGAUUUGACAAAUAAUCUUGCCAUAAUCUGCUAUAGGACAUUUAAACCCAUGCCACAAUCAGGCGUGUCCGACAAAAUGACACGAAAAAACUUAGGGCUAGUAUGACAACCACUGACAAAUUUUCAUUCCAUACCCUUUCUAACUGUACAUUUUUGUUAUACGAUGUAGCGUCCAUCGUUGCACCCACACUGUAAAUUGAUUGCCGUUGGUUGUAUUUCAGACUGGCGAAUCAGAUUUAAAGCAAGAAGACCUGGAGACCGCGUUCCUUCGUCGAGAGGGGAACUACACAUUUACCAGAAAUGGACAAGAGUUCCGCCUCCAGUUCUUCAUGAACCCAAUGUGUGAGAAAUCCUUCAGGCCGUACUCGAAGAAAACGGUGCGACGUCGCCCCGCAUACGAGUCACCAGAAGACAUAAAAAAGCUAUUAAGGGGCGAUGUCGAGAAGAAGUCAUGGUUCAGUUUAAGGAACUUAUUUCGAUGGCGCUAGGAAGUAGAUAAACUCUAGUCUUGUUUGUUUUCAUCAAUGCCCACUCGAGCACACAGAUACUGUACUCUCUUAUGCACUUGUAAGACGCACCUCACGGGCUGAGGACUGAUGACUGAGGGCGCAUGACAAACCGUGAUCACGGUCUUCCGCUUUGUAAGCCUGAACUGAAGAUUACGUUUGGCUUGUUUUGGACUGUACUUCAAAAUGAAUUUUAAAUUUCAAGGAUAGCUCAUGCAGUCUGAUUGAAACAGCCUACUUUAGAGACAUAAUUGUGACCUUCUUCUUAAACGUCGUUAGAGUCAUGAAUUUUGUAUAAGAACUCACUUCUAAAUAUCGCUUAUUUGCCGCUGCAGUAUCAUCACAGGCAACGCCGCUUCGUAAUGAUUUAUAUCGGUAAACUGAAGAAAUGUUUUCCUCAAAUGAAAUGCGAGUAUAAAUGAUAACUUGAAGACCGUAAAAG